GGUGGGUCGAGGAGGGGAGAGAUAAGGCGUUCUUUACUAUCUGCCCCUCAGAGCUGCAUCGCUGUGUCCCCCGCCCAGUGCCUCCAGCGAACACGAGGUAGGGCAGUGCCAGUGUGCAGGUUAAGAAUGCCAAGAUACUGCAGUGAUCAGGGAACGUUUGAAUAUGAGUGAAGGCACAGGCGAGGAGAGAGGCGUGACGUGGAAUCAAUUGAGUGCAAGUGAUUUUCCUUGACUGAAAAAAAUAAAUAAAUAAAUAAGAAACGAUGGAAAUGGAACGCGAUUGUAGAAGUGAUUCACAGAGAAACAGAAUCGGGUGACGCAGUGAAGGUGAAAACAACAACAACAACAACAACAACAAAAUAAAAGAAAUAACGUGACAAAGAAAUAGAAAAAAAAAGACAAGAACCGAAAUAAAACUCAACACAUACACAAAAAAAAAAAAAAAAAAAUCUUGAAAAGGAUUCAUGAAAGUUACGAAACAAAAAACUGUGAAAAAGUGAGACAGUGUAAGAGUUCAUAUUUUUGCUUCGUGUGGGCGUGUUGGUGGUCCUCGUAUGAGAGUGACGAUGCGAGGGUGGAUGAGGGCGUGGGUUUGGGCGUGGGCGUGGGCGUGGGUGGUGCUUCUCGUCACGCCCUGCAACGCUCUUGUUAUGAGGCAGCAAGAGGAACAACAGGAGCCUGGGAUAAGACAUAUGCUGGAGGCGUUGAACAGAGUGAGCGAGGCGCUGGAAACCCACGAUCGACACACGAGCCUCUACGAGCGAGUGGCUUUGCUGGAAUCUUCUCUCGCAGAAAAGACGGAGCGGGAGAUGGUACUGGAGGCGGAGGUCACGCAGUUAAGAGCAAAAAUCCCUGAGCUUGAGGCGGAGAUCAAGACCAUACCGGAGAUGAGGAAGGAACUUGCAGAAUUUGAAGCCAAUAUUGAGAAGCUUGUGCAGGACUACGAGGUGAAGCUCUCCACUCUAGCGUCUGAAGUGAUCCGGUUGAAGAAGUCAGGAGCAAGACGCAAGGACCUGCUUACGCUGAGUGAUGGAAGUGACGUCCUCCUCCAUCAAGUUCCAUCGUGUCCAGAGAUCGGCCAGGAUAUGGUAGCAGAAAGAGUCGGGGAACAUUGCCUCUAUUUCUCCCUCGGUGAGAGACAAAACUGGACAGCGUCGUACGACCGGUGUCAUCAGCUUGGCGCGCAGAUGGCAGCGUCCCAGGUCCUUCAGCCACUUAAACAGUUCCUCCUGCAUGCCUUUGCUCGAGGUCCUUCUCUUUGGCUUGGGUCUUCCUUCAACCUUUUCCAAGACGAACCUCAAAAUGAGGACGACGAGGAAGAAGACACAGGGGCAGCGGUGAAGGCUCCGGGCGGUGACUCUGAGUCUUCUAGUAUACACGCGGGUCAGGAUCUCUCUAACACCUUUCAGGCUGAUGGUGUGAUUGGACAUCCUGAAGGAGGCGCCAAUCCUUUCGCAUUGAAUCUGAAGGCGAUUCCGGUGGAGGAUAUAGAUGAAGAAUUCCCUGGACGCUCAGGGAGUCUUCGCGCAGCGUUUGAUCGAGCGACAAUGUUCCAUGAUGAACUUUUAGGCAGCUACGGCAAUCAUUUCUUAGCGGACGAGCCUACUGAGCGUGCACCAAUACCAGAGGAGCGGGUCGAGAGAGCCCCCGACACCUCUGUGGUGGACAUUGUUCUCCUGACGGGCCCUGACGCGGAUGAAGGGCUGCAGGGCACUAAGCCGCGUGUCCCUGCGAACCUUACCGAAGAAAGAGGCAGAGAGGCAGCGCUGGGAGAGGGAGGGAAUAUGGAAGAGGCUAUAGGGAGGAAGGAUUCUCACAAGACUCGUAUGAAGUGCAUGUUGUUGCAGCAGAGCGAGGCUUUGGAGUACGAGUUGGUAGCGCGGCCUUGCAACGAAGAACACAGCUUUGUUUGCGACCUCAAGGUGACUAUUGACAGCCUCCUCCCAGAGUCGUGAGCCGCUCCGCGCACGUGGCUCCCGCUGAUGGCGAUGCGCAGUGUGUUCCACUCACUAAGACUGUAGAUAGGAACUGUGGGAACAUUUAUGAUGUGUUAAUAUGUCCUGACGUUGCAUGGUUUCAUUAUAAUAGUAGUAGUAGUAGUAGUAGUAGUAGUAGUGGUGGUGGUGGUAGUAAUAGGAGUAGUAGUAGUAGUAGUAGUAGUAGUAGUAGUGGUGGUGGUGGUGGUG